CAAACUUCAGUUUUUCGUCAAAAAUCGAAGAAGAAGGAAUCGUAAUUUGUGAGUUUUGCAAAGUGUCUCGCGCAUAGUGCUGUUAACGUGGCUGUGAACUACUCAACAGUUGAAUUAUAAUAUUAUUUCAUCGUCUGGAUUAAUUGUGUACACAGUUGCAUGAUCAAGAUGCGGUGGAGUGUACUAGCGGUCGCGUGCCUCCUGGCGGUUGUCUUCGCCGAGGAGAAGAAGGAGAAAGACAAGGAAAUUGGGACAGUCAUCGGUAUUGACUUGGGUACCACAUACUCAUGUGUGGGUGUUUACAAAAAUGGACGAGUGGAGAUCAUCGCUAAUGACCAGGGUAACCGUAUCACUCCAUCAUACGUAGCUUUCACUGCCGACGGCGAGCGUCUCAUUGGUGAUGCCGCCAAGAACCAGCUGACCACCAACCCUGAGAACACCGUGUUCGAUGCCAAACGUCUCAUCGGUCGUGAAUGGAGCGACGCCACCGUCCAACAUGACGUCAAAUUCUUCCCCUUCAAAGUAGUUGAGAAGAACAGCAAACCUCAUGUCUCAGUUGCUACUUCCCAAGGCGAGAAAAUCUUCGCACCUGAAGAAAUUUCCGCCAUGGUCCUCACCAAAAUGAAGGAGACUGCUGAGGCUUAUCUUGGCAAGAAGGUCACCCACGCCGUCGUCACAGUCCCCGCUUACUUCAACGACGCUCAGCGUCAAGCAACCAAGGAUGCUGGUGUCAUCGCCGGUCUUAAUGUUAUGAGAAUCAUCAACGAGCCCACCGCCGCCGCUAUCGCUUACGGCUUGGACAAGAAGGACGGUGAGAAGAAUGUGCUUGUCUUUGACUUGGGCGGUGGUACCUUCGACGUGUCUCUGCUUACCAUCGACAAUGGUGUCUUCGAAGUAGUCGCUACCAAUGGUGACACCCACUUGGGUGGUGAGGACUUUGAUCAAAGAGUCAUGGAGCACUUCAUCAAACUGUACAAGAAGAAAAAGGGCAAGGACAUCAGGAAAGACAACCGUGCCGUCCAGAAACUGCGUCGUGAGGUCGAAAAGGCAAAGAGAGCUCUGUCCUCCAGCCAUCAAGUCAAGAUUGAAAUUGAAUCAUUCUUUGAGGGUGAAGACUUCUCUGAAACCCUUACCAGGGCUAAGUUCGAAGAGUUGAACAUGGAUCUGUUCCGUUCCACUCUGAAACCCGUGCAGAAGGUGCUGGAAGACGCUGACAUGAACAAGAAGGACGUCGACGAAAUCGUACUUGUCGGUGGUUCCACUCGUAUUCCUAAGGUGCAACAAUUAGUCAAGGAGUUCUUCAAUGGAAAGGAGCCUUCCCGAGGCAUUAACCCUGAUGAGGCCGUCGCUUAUGGUGCAGCUGUACAGGCUGGUGUACUGAGUGGUGAACAAGACACUGACGCGAUUGUACUUCUCGACGUCAACCCUCUUACCAUGGGUAUCGAAACUGUCGGAGGUGUCAUGACCAAGCUUAUCCCACGUAACACCGUCAUUCCCACCAAGAAGUCGCAGAUCUUCUCCACCGCCAGUGACAACCAGCACACUGUCACCAUUCAGGUCUAUGAAGGUGAACGUCCCAUGACUAAGGACAAUCACUUGCUCGGAAAGUUCGACCUCACUGGCAUCCCACCUGCACCACGAGGCAUACCUCAAAUUGAGGUCACAUUCGAGAUCGAUGCCAACGGUAUCCUACAGGUGUCUGCUGAAGACAAGGGCACAGGAAACAGGGAAAAGAUCGUCAUCACAAACGACCAGAACAGACUAACACCUGAAGAUAUUGAAAGAAUGAUCAAGGAUGCUGAGAAGUUCGCUGAUGACGACAAGAAGCUAAAGGAGCGCGUCGAGUCCAGAAACGAGCUCGAGAGCUACGCGUACUCGAUCAAGAACCAGCUCCAGGAUAAGGAGAAACUUGGUGCCAAACUGAGUGAUGAUGAGAAGACCAAGAUGGAGGAGGCGAUCGACGCCUCGAUCAAAUGGCUCGAAGAAAACUCUGACGCCGAGGCGGAGGAGUACAAGAAACAGAAGAAGUCUCUGGAAGAUGUUGUCCAGCCCAUCAUUGCCAAGCUUUACCAAGGCCAAGGUGGAGUUCCGCCCCCAGGCGGCCCCGGCGGUGACGAUGAGGACUUCAAAGACGAGUUGUAACUGAACAGACUGUAAUCGUGUGGUAGCCAAAUGUGAUCUCUGGUCACUACAGGCUGUGCACGCGCGGGUCGCUCGCUCCGUGCACUGCCCGUAUAGCACGAAGUGUUUAGUGUUGUGUAUAUUUAUUGCGUUUGGUUGAGUCGUGUGCGGCGGCCGCGUCUGAGAUUUAAUCGUUUCUUUCGCCGCACAUGAGUGUAAGUGAGGAUGUAUGUUUGUGUGUUGUUUAUUGUAUAAAUUGAUGCAUUUUUAUUUUAGAAAAGCAAUAGAUACAUGUGUGCGAGGGCCUGUUUCCAUGACUGUAACCGUGUCGGUUCGUCUUCCUAACAACUGGUUUUGUUCAACAUCAGAUGAAUCGAGAGUCUCAGUCCACCGAGACUACCUCAGUGUUCUAUGUAUGUAAUUAAUUUGAGACUGCAGAAUUGUUAGUUCUUAAUUAGCAGAAUAAUAUAAUUAUGUAGUAAUUUAAAUAAUUCAAUUGAAGUACGGAGGAGUACAUGAAAUAAAACAUUUUUCUAUGAUGAA